CUUUAACCGUUGCAGCGAAGGAAGCCAACUCACUCGCUGAAGCCGUCGGCUACAUUCGUUUCCUCAUCAUCGUCCAAUGGGCAUAAAACCAAAACGUGACAGCUUCUUCAAGGUCCUGAUCGGCGACUUUGCCACCAGGCUUCAAAUACCGCCGGCUUUUGUGGCCAAAUUCCAAGGGGCAUUCCCUGGAGACGUGUUGAUCAAAGCCGAAGAAGGGGGUUCAUCUUUGUCAUGGCCCGUUAAAAUACACAAAACUAGUGCAGGCUGCUUCAUGCACCACCACGGCUGGGAAAGGUUCGUUCAGGAUAACCAUUUACAAUCUGGUGACUUCUUGGUCUUCAAUCUUGUGUGCGCCUCUUGGGUGUUCAACGUUGUGGCUUAUGGUCCAAGUUGCUGUCAAAAGAAACUCAUGUCGAUGAACCCGCAAAUCAUCGAAAAUAACACCGAAGAAGCUGUCCCAGUCCCAAUUCCGCCACCAAAAUCCAAGGAGGUGAAGGCGGAUGCAGGUGAUCAAAAUGGACAACCCUUUUUUCGCAUUGUUUUCAAUAAAUACCGUGCUAGCUCCGUGACCAUUCCGAAGUGGUUUAUGAAGAAGGCUGGGCUAUCGCUAAAGAAGAAAGUGGUUCUGAGAAACGAGCAAGGGAAGAUGUGGGCUGUUAAGCUGACGGCAAGAUCAUACGAUACUAGUUGGAGGAAUAGGACUGAUAUGACUCGUGGGUGGUCUGAAUUUCGAGUAGACAACAACAUCCAAUACGGAGACACAUGUUCGUUCAAGUUUCUCCAAAUCGAUAAAAAUUUAAUCCAUGUCCAGAUUUAUAAGGCACAUCAGUCGAACAACAACAAAGGAGAAAAAGACUAGAAGAAACGACCUUCUCGACCUCCACCUCCACAGCACCAGCCAGCCACCAAGGUAUGCCACCUAUCAUUGGUGGUUUUGCUUAAAGAAGUUGGUUUUGGGUCAAUGAAUGUAUAGGAUAUCUAUUUAUCUAUCUAUCCGUAUGUAAGAUAAUUUCGUGUAAAAUGCGACCUCUAAUGUGGUGGGGUUGAAUUGUGACAUCUAAUUAAUAUUUUGA